AUGACUGGACGGCCGGCGCCGCAAUACUGUAAUCUGACUAGUUUGGGCGCAUACACUUUCCCUAUCGUACUCGAUGGCAUUUCGGCAGCUCAGUCGCACAAUACCACACGCCAUCCUUUGCGACGUCAAGUCGAGGAAUUGGGACACAUGGCUCGACUGCCGCAUGCCAUCGGCUGGCAGCCCGGUGUUGUCAAUUAACAUCAAGCGCUUGACGAAUGUGA